AUGGACAAAAAGGAAGAUGAAACAGCACCUACGCCAUCUACAGCUUCUACAUCGAUUUUGCCGACUCAGGGAUAUUAUGGUCCACGAAACCCAUACUACGUACCAUUUAUGUUGCCUCAAAAUGCAUUUCCAAAUCCAUAUACAUGCACUUGGGGUAGUCAGCUUUCAUCGAUGCCAUCUUUUGGACCAAUGAUGCCCUACCCUCCGUCAAGUAAUCCGGAGGAGUCCACACGAGAUCAACGUACCUAUCAGCAUCCAUCGAUGCCACCAUCGAGUAAUCCGGAGGAGUCAACAAGAUCUGAAAAGACUCCCCAACUAGCAAGUGAAUCAUCAACAGUGCCAUUGUCAUUGGGUGCUGAAAGUGAAAAGAAUUUUGGAGAAACUUCGUCAGACGUAAAUAAAGUGGCAGAGGCCGAGGAAACUAAUGAAGUCUCUGAUGAUGAUGACGAAGGAGUUGAGGAGCCAAAACCUGGUAUGGAGUUCGCCACUGAUAAAGAGCUUCUUGCAUAUUAUAAGCGAUAUGCCAAGAAACAAGGUUUUGGUGUCAUCACACAGAGGACCAAAAGAGAUGCAUCUGGGAAACCGAAGUAUGUGACAAUUGGGUGUGCACGUGGCGGCAAGUACCAUCCGAGUCACAGUAAUAUCUCGAAGCCGCGACCAACAAUUAAAACAGACUGUAAGGCGAAGUUAAAUGCUCACUUGGACAAAAAGGGUGUAUGGGUUUUAACCACUGCUGAGAAUAGUCACAAUCAUGCUACUGUCAGCCCACAGAAGUCUAGAUUUUUUAGAAGUCAUAAGUGUUUAGAUGAAUACAGUAAAAGAAUGCUCGAUCUAAAUGACAGGGCAUGUAUUCGAAUGAACAAAAAUUUUGGAGCACUUGUUGUUGAUGCGGGCGGGUUCGAGAAUCUUGAAUUUCAAGAGAAAGAUUGUAGAAAUUAUAUUGACAAAGCCAGACAAUUGAGGCUGGGUAAAGGAGGUGGCGAAGCACUUAGUGAUUACUUUAAGAGGAUGAGGAAGAUGAAUGAUGGAUUUAUUUCUGUGAUUGAUGUUGAUGAUGAGUUGCGACUCAGAAAUGUGUUUUGGGCUGAUGCACGUAGUCGAGCCGCGUAUGAGUGUUUCGGAGAUGUGAUCACCUUCGAUACGACGUAUCUAACAAAUAGAUACAGUAUGCCUUUUGCUCCUUUUGUUGGGGUAAACCAUCAUGGGCAGUCCAUACUGUUAGGGGCUGGAUUGAUUUCAAGUGAGGAUACAAGUACUUUUGUGUGGUUGUUCCGAGCAUGGUUGGACUGCAUGAAUGGUCAGGCUCCAAAAGCAAUCAUAACAGAUCAAGAUCGGGCAAUGAAGAGUGCCAUUGCGAUGGUAUUCCCAGAAACUCGCCAUAGAUAUUGUCUAUGGCAUAUCAUGAGGAAAUUGCCUGAGAAAUUGGGAUCUCACUCCCAAUUCAACGCAGGGUUAAAGACUGACAUUCAGAGUGCCCUAUAUGAUUCGCAUAGCUGUGAAGAAUUUGAUGCCAAAUGGGGGGAACUAAUUCAGAAAUAUGACCUUGGUGAUAACGCGUGGCUGGAAGGGUUGUAUACCGAGAGAUCAUUUUGGGUUCCAGCUUACUUGAAAGGUGUAUUUUGGGCUGGCAUGAGCACUACACAGCGGUCUGAAAGCAUGAAUGCCUUUUUCGACGGAUAUGUGCAUUCUGGUACAACGUUAAAGGAAUUUGUCGAUCAAUUUGACAAUGCUCUGAGAAAGAAGGUGGAAGUAGAGACGACAGCAGAUUUCAAUUCGUGCAACCAAAUCAUCCCAUGUGUGACUCCAUUCCACUUUGAAAAGCAGUUCCAAGCGGUGUAUACAAAUGCAAAGUUUAAAGAAAUCCAAGGGGAGGUGUGGGGGAUGAUUUGUUGUAAUUGCAUACCUGUUAGCAAACAGGGUUGUAUUUCCACAUUUGAUGUGUUGGAUGAAAUUUCCACGGGUGACCAUGUAAAAACCGUCCAUUUCAUAGUUUACUAUAACGAGGAGGAAUGUGAUAUCAAAUGCACAGAGGUACAUCUUGGAUCGGUGGAGAAAAGACUUAAAGUCAAAAGUAGUUAUGAUGAUUUGCGGGAUAAUGCGGACUCACGAAGGUAUGAACUUGUGGUUAAAAGAUGUAUGAAAUUAGCGACGCGUGUAUCCCCAAGUGAUGAGCAUGUCAAUGCAUUCAUGCGGGUUUUGGAUGAGUUUGAGCAUAAUUUUAAAGAAUUACCACUUGAGUCCGGUUCAACCAAGGUCAAUGAGAGCGACGUCGUGGAUAAGGGUAAGAAAAUAUUAAGCCCUAAUGUUGUUCGAGGGAAAGGGAGACCUCCAACUAAGAGAAAGGUUCCACCUGUGGAGAAGGCUGCAACCAAGAGAAAGAAGAAACAGACUUGCAGGAAAAUAUUUGCUGACGAACAAGUUGGAGUUGGUGAGGUCUCGGCCCCCCAAGUUGGUGCUAACGUUGAAGAUGUUGUUGUUGGAACCCAAUAUAGUACUGUCAUACAACAAACACUAUCGGGCAAUGAUGAGAAUUUGUGA